AUGUCAUGGCUGGUGCAAGCCUCACCCCCCCUACCCUUUGAGCUAUGGGACUGCAUCGCAAGCUAUCUGCCAAAUGCCGAUAUCAAAUCUUUGCGCCUGACAUGUACCCAAGUCAACAACGCAGUCCCUCUUCGCAUUGACCGAGUUUUUCUUUCCGCCAACCCACUUAACAUAGAGGUAUUUCGCAAGAUUGCCUCACAUGAGAAGUUCCGCCAUUCGGUGACCGAAAUUAUCUGGGAUGAAGCAUGCUUGCCACGGGGUCCACAGCGAAUAGAUCAAACUGGCGAGGGGCACGAAUUACUCUCGGACGAUGAUGAGCCUGAUAACACCAGAGAGUGGGCUCAAGUUUAUUCUGACUAUUUCAGAGAGAAGCUGAUGGAGCAACAUCAACUUGAAGAAGACAACGGAUGUCCCAAAUGGUUCAAAGACGCCUGUCAAGAAAAUCUCCGCAUUCUAUUGAGCCGCAAAGGAGCCGAUGUUGACAGCCCGGAGGGCAGAUUCUCGCCCAGCCUCCGCUGGGGCAGUGCUGGCGGCAUUAUCAGUGUGAAGCAAUUCCCCGCUCUGAAAAGGGUCACUAUCACACCUGUGGCCCACGGACACCUCUUCAACCCGCUUUACCCGACCCCAAUGAUUCGCGCAUUCCCGAAGGGCUUCAACUACCCUAUUCCGUGUGGCUGGCUGUACAAUAAAUCUAGACACGGACCUGCGACUGCGUAUACGUGGAACCAUUACCCUGAACUCAGAGAAAGAUACCGCGGAUUCCGCACUACAAUGCGUGUGCUUGCCAACGAACCAAAUUCUGUUUCUGAGCUUAUGAUGACUUCCAACUUUCUCCCUACAGGAAUCAACUGCACAAUCUUCGACGAGCCCUGCAAAGAGUAUGAUCAUUUGGUCAAGGUGCUUAAAAACCCGGGCUUUCGCCGUCUGGAUCUCUCACUGCUCGUUGGUGGGGAGGAUGAUGCAGACCUCGAACCAUGCUGGAGAUCUUUGCUCAAUGGUCGUCUGCGCUGUGCACUUAGUGGCGCAACGAAUCUCGAGGAGCUUAGGCUGCACAUAACUUACGAUCAGGAAAUUCAUGAGAAUGGAUUUUACCCACUGAUUCCUCUAAAUGACAUUGUACCUGUGGAAUAUUGGUCGAGUCUGCGUCACUUUGAACUGUCUGGCUUUGUUAUCUCACAGGAUGAUUGCGUCUCCUUCCUCAGCACCCUGCCACCCUCUAUUCAAUCCAUUGAACUUAGCAUGUUGGAAUUCUAUGAUGACAAUGCUGCGGACUGGUAUAUCAUGCUCAAGAAGAUCCGGCAAAUGGUAUCCGAGAGCACGUCGUGGAGAGACUUGAAUGCCGCCUCCAGGCCCAGAUUUACGAUCGGAGUGCCAGAUGCAGUUGGAAUGCCUGCCGAAUAUGGAAAGGGUAAAUGGAUUGAAAAGGAGGUACAAGAUUUUGUCUACAAUGACGGGGAGAAUCCCAUUAAGGAAUCAGACCCCCUUGACAUCCCAAAAGGGAUUGGUAUGCUGAAAGAUGCAUUCGAUGCUGGUUUCCGACGCCCAAAUGUGGAAUCGCGUGAUUUAGAAAAGUUGAAAAUUUGCAAGGAGAAUUAUGACAUCUACGAAUACUGA